CUAAAGAGAUUCCAGUUUCCUUUUCAUCAUUAACCCGAUAAAUGAAAUGAAAAAAGAAAGAAAAAAUAACAGAAAAGAAAAGAAAGCGUCUCCUCCUUAUUUAAUGGGCGGCAGUGGAGAAAGCAAGUUAUAUAUAGGAAAGAAAGUGAAGUGAAAAAUGUGGAAAAUGAAGGAAUAUGUUAUGUCGGGGGGUGAUGAAGAAGAGAGAACAGAAAGAUUCCUAGAUGAAGAAUCUGAAGGUUUAUGCUCUCUCUCUCCUACGCAGAGAAUUUACUCAUUCGCCGCUUGUUUACUUUCGGGUCUUGUUCUUAUGUUUCUGCUUUUUGUCUCUUUUGCAGUCCUUUAUUGUGUUUGCCAAACCCAUCAAAUUUGCAUUAUUGUUCACCUUCGGCAAUGUCUUAGCAGUUGGAAGCACAGCAUUCCUGAUGGGACCUGAGCAACAGCUACGUAUGAUGUUUGAUUCUGUUCGUGUUUAUGCAACAGCUAUUUACAUUGGAUUUGUUGUUCUUGCUCUCAUUUGUGCUCUCUGGAUUCAAAGCAAGAUUUUGACAUUACUUGCAAUCAUAUGUGAGAUAUGUGCCCUUAUUUGGUACUGUCUGAGCUAUAUUCCAUUUGCUAGGAGAAUUGUUUCCGACCUAAUGAUCCGAUUCUGUGACACAGAGCUUUAGAUUAUUUGAAAGGAAACCACCAACAUCUUAGAACUUUGGAUUGCAUUAAUUUUUGCCUUGCUUUAGUAUUUACUUAUCUUAUUUGGCACAAAACAUUGUUUCUCAGGAUACUUUUAGAGUUCGAUAGUUACGGCAAUCAAACAUUAUUUAUAUUUUGGAUUUUAUUCUCAUAUAUUUCAAAUUUAUUUCUCUUGGUUGCACUCAUCUUAACAUCUUAGGUACUAGUGGCCCAUAUCGGGUAUGUCGGCAAAGACCAGUUGUAAAUGCUAACUGUCUAAUAUCUUCAAAGUUUGGCCCCUUUACUGUUUUUAGAUGCCUUUUAUACCUUUACCUUCCAUUUGCCAGGUUUGAUGCAUGCCAUCUGUCUUAUGGGUUUGACUGAGACAUGUGGAUUCCUUGUGGCAUUCUUCUCCUGUACACCUCAUAGGUUAGGCUUAAUAAUUCUACCAGCAGAAAAAAUUUCUCCUUGCAGUUCCUCAUUCUCUCUUUUUACUAUUUUACGAAGCAGAGUGAAUUGGCAACAGUGGCGAGGUCAGCCUGUUAGAAGGCUUUGAAAAUUUGGAACAUUGGAGCCAACUUAAUUUGGGUUUUGGUACUUUGUUGGAUAAUAAUUCUAGUUUCUCUCACCAAUUCCUCACACUCCCUUUCAUGGGUUCAAAUUUUUCUCUCACUUGUCUUUAUCCUCCUCUUAUAUUCUUUGGUUCCCUGUUGUCUGCUGAUAUACUCCAUUUUCGCUUUGAACCUCCUAAACUUUUGUUGCAUGUUCUUUAUUCCACCCUUUCCCCUUUUCUUUUUUCAAAUGCAAUUUGAAAUAUUUGUUGUGAUCGUAUUAUUUACCCUCCAACUUUGAAUUGAAGAAUGAAAAGAGAAAGAGUGGAAAGAAGAACAUGCAAGAAAAGUUUAAGAGGCUCUAAGCAGAAAUGGAGGAAAUUAGUGAGAAACAAAAGAAUAUAAGAGAAGGACAGAGGCAAGUGAUGGAAAAAUUCAAAGUAGGAAUUGAAGAGAGAAACUAGAAUCAUUAUCUAGCAAAGUGCUAGGAUCCAAAUCAAAUUGGCUCUCAUGUUUCGAAUUUUCAAAACCUCCCAACAGGUUGAUCUCCUGUUGUUGCUAAUCUCACUCACUUGCUUUGUGAAAUAGUAGGAAGAGAGUUUAAUUAAAAAAAAAAAGUUGGGAAAGAGUAUGAGAAACUGCAAGAAGAAAUUUCUUGUAGAAAUAUUAAGUCCGACCUAUGAGGCCCCAAGAAAAGAAUGCCCCAAUAAAUGUCAAAUGUCAUAACCAAACCCUACCAAUGAGACGGAUGGCAUGCAUCACACUUGACAAACCAGGGGAAAAGGUUUAGGUGAUCCCUUCCACCUGCUCUAUCUCUACCCUUUCUUUUCUGCUAUUCACCACUUCCUUUCUCAGGCACAGUCUGACUUGAAUGUUAGAACAUGUCCCGGAGGCUUAACUCUAGUGCCCCUGACCUUAUUCUCUUGACAAGUUCGACCAGCCCAGCCCCAACGAGUCAUCCUCUAUGGAACCCAAAAAUACCUCAACAUAUUGAUAAUCUUAGAUCAAAGCAACAAUGUGUGCCAGUGAACAAAUAUAGUUGGUUUAGUAAGAUCUUGCAUGUCAUGGGUAUCUUAGAGAACUUCCAAUGCACUAGGUUGGGAAGAUUGUGCCAACCUAGUGUGCAUGAGGGGUUUCCUUUUGAUUAAUUCACGUACAACUACUGUAAUAAAAGCUAGCUACCAAAUCUAAAAGUAACGUCUUAACCACCAAAACUUAUUCCCCAAGACCAUGAAACUAAUUUCACUAAUAUAUCAUCAUCCGAUUAUCUUACUCAAGGCCAAGGCAAACCAUUAGUCCUUGGCUGCAGUCACAUUCUGAGCAUGGACUUGGCUUCCACAACAUUAUUUUGGAGUGUUUCCACCCCAAGAAUUUGACAGCAAUGGAGCAAAAUCUUUAUCUGUUUUCAUUUUUCACCAUGUCAAAAGAUUUAUACAGGUCACCGCAAACAAGAGAAACGAUGACUUCUAAGCCACUUGAAGUGAAGAUCUCACUGGGAGGAAGUAAAAACAAAGGUGAAUGAAACUCACUGCAU